AUCGGUCAGUUGGUCAAGGUGUGUGUGUGUGUAAGGAUCUUUCUGUGUGUGAUCUUGAGAAUCCCUGAGAUUAUUCCCUCCCACAACCACUCAAAGGAAAGGCCAUGGCCAUGGCUGCUUUCCUGAUAGCUUUGGUGCAAAUAUAUUUGUUGCCAUCAGCUUUAGGAGGUGCAUAUUAUGGGCAUAAGCCACAUCCCCAGCAUCACCAACCUAUACCACAGAUACCUCACCUGGGCCUGGGUAAGGAAAUGCCACACAUGCCAUAUCCUCACUACAGAAAAGACAUACCUAUGCACCUAAACAAAGGCAAGGACAUCAAAGGUGAGACCAUUCCCAGAGGAGAACAGGGUGCUACAGGAGAGAUUGGACCUCAAGGGCCCCCUGGCCCACAAGGGUCUCCUGGGCUUCAAGGUACUGGUAUGCAAGGCCCUCCUGGAAAGCCAGGGCCUCCUGGUCCUCCAGGAUUUCCUGGAUUUGGUAAACCAGGAAUGCCAGGUAUGCCAGGAAAGCCAGGAGGCAUUGGACAGCCUGGACAGCAAGGUGAACAGGGACCCGGCGGUGGAGAGGGGCAACCAGGCUUGACUGGACCACCAGGCCCCCCUGGACCCCCAGGCCUGCCAGGAAUAGGAAAUCCUGGUGGGCAAGGAUUACCAGGACAGCCAGGGGGUAAAGGAGAGCCAGGACAUAAAGGUUUACCUGGUCUCCCAGGGUUACCUGGUCCUAAAGGAGACAGGGGAAUAGGACAACCAGGCCCACCAGGGCCUAAAGGGCCAGUUGGGCCACCAGGAAUCCAAGGGCAGGCAGGAUUACCGGGAGUAGGCAAGCCUGGUCUUCCUGGUGUGUUGGGUCCACCUGGUUUGCCAGGGAAAGCAGGAUAUCCUGGGGAGCCAGGCCCACAGGGUUCACCUGGUGAACAGGGGCAACAAGGGCCACAAGGGCCCCCUGGUAUUGGAAAUCCAGGACAAAAUGGAUCACCAGGCCAGACAGGUGUACCUGGUCACAAAGGAUUAUCAGGACCACCUGGGUUACCUGGAAAACCUGGAUUACCUGGAAUUGGUAAGCCUGGAUACCCUGGCCAAAAGGGUGACAAAGGGUUUGGAGGACCACCCGGUGUUCCAGGAACAAAAGGAGACAAAGGGUAUGGUGGUCAACCAGGCAUGAUUGGUCCACCAGGUCCAACUGGUCCCAUAGGCCCUCCAGGACAAAUCGGGCAACCAGGUGAUAUUGGAAACCCUGGACUAAAAGGAAAGGAAGGUGCAGAAGGAGCCAAGGGAGAUCAGGGACCUAUGGGGAAACCAGGUCCUCCAGGAUUUCCUGGUCAACCAGGGCUCCAAGGUGAGGAUGGAGAACCUGGGUCAAGAGGGCAACCUGGACCCAUUGGUCCCAAAGGAGAAGGAGGACAAAAAGGUCUGCCUGGUCCUCCUGGUCAAACUGGCCUGCUUGGUCUGAAAGGAGAACCUGGUCAGCCUGGCCUUGAAGGACCUCAAGGUCCCAAAGGCAUUCCAGGACUUGCAGGGCCAGGAGGACCAAAUGGACCUUCAGGACCUACUGGGCCAAAAGGAGAAAUUGGUCCACCAGGUCAAGCUGGUCCACCUGGUCAAGGCAACCCUGGUGUCCCUGGUCCUCUUGGUCCUCCAGGUUCACCUGGCCCAAAUGGCCCCCCAGGUCAGCCAGGAAAACCAGGACUCCCAGGGCCUCCUGGACCCCCAGGUCCACCCCUUUCCCCUGAUCUGAUGGGAGUCCUUCCUGAGAUGGGCCCAGCCCUAGAUGGUAUGAAAACUAGUGGGUACAAGAAAGGGAAGUAUGCAGGUGGAGGUGAUGUAAUGGGUACCAAUGGUUUGGAGAUGCCUGCUUUUACUGCUCAACUGACCACACCAUUCCCUCCAGUUGGCACACCAAUAGUGUUUGACAAACUGCUGUAUAACGGGCGUCAAAAUUACAACCCUCAGACAGGUGUAUUCACCUGUGAGCUCCCAGGUAUCUACUACUUUGCCUAUCAUGUGCACUGCAAGGGUGCCAAUGUCUGGGUGGGGCUCCACAGGAAUGGAGAGCCAGUCAUGUAUACCUAUGAUGAGUAUAAGAAGGGAAUCCUGGAUCAAGCAUCUGGGAGUGCUGUAAUUCCAUUACAACCAGGAGACACAGUAUACUUACAGUUACCUUCUGACCAGGCUGCUGGAUUGUAUGCAGGACAGUAUGUCCACUCCUCCUUCUCUGGCUUUUUACUAUACCCAAUGUAACCAUCAAAAAUAAAUGAGAAAGAUAUUAAAAGAGAAGGUGUCAAGGAAGCACUGGCAUUAAAAUUUUGACUUUUAUAAAAUGUCAGUAUUUUUCAGUACAUUCUCACAGGAAAAAAAGGAGAUGACCCAUAGAUGCAGCUUCUUUAAAUGCAACCCAACUACAUUCCUGUACAGGCUGUAUGAGUAUAUGCAAUGGUAAAUAGCAGAGUACUGUAUCUAUAAAGAUACGUUUACAUGAAAAAGACUUGUAACACAAUUACUCAAUGCAGCAUGCAGAGAUUAUUUUAAAUGAUUGUAUUUGAAGUGUAUUAAUGUAUUUGUUUAAUUGAUGGUAUCCAACAUGAGUAUACAUGCUUUAAAAUGUUAAGAACACUUUAUUGUAUGUCAUUGUGACAUUUACAAGAUACUAAUACCAACUAUUACAGACAUGAGAAAAACAGUUUUCAAAAAUAUCACACAUAGAAGUAAUUUUUUCCCCCUCAUCAUGCAUUUUUAAAUGUUAGAGGUUUUGCACACUUGUAAUAUUUUAACUCAAGCGCUGCAUGAACAGCAACAAGGUUGUGAUAAGAGAAAGAGUUGUUUGUGUGUGUGUGUGUGUGUGUGUGUGUGUGUGUGUGUGUGUGUGUGUGUGUGUGUGUGUGUGUGUGUGUGUGUGUGUGUGUGUGUGUGUGUUUGAAUGUGUGUGUAUGUUUGCUCAUUCUGUAAUAAUCUAUGUUUUUGAAGUGUUUUACAGUAGAUAUUCUUUCUCUCCUGCCCCCCAAAAUGUAACAGUUUUAAAAUAUAAACACUAAUUUGUAUGAGCACCACUUCUGUUUCAAUAAUGAAUAAUCAUCAAAAUGAUUAUAAAUUAAAAAACAAAACAAAAAUAAAAUAAAUUAAUUAAUAUUUAUGCUUACCUUAUACAUCUCACUCACACCCUAACCCUAACCACCCCUCAUCUCCAUCCCAUGCAGCAAGCUGAAUUCAGUGUCUAGCUUUUCACCUGUCAAUAUUUCAUAGGUGUUGUUUGAAUACUGAUUGUCUUACAGGUAAAUCUCUGUUUCACAUAUGUUGGUCACUUUUCUAAACAUAUGUAAUCCAACAAAAAAAUAUGUUUGAGGGUUUUACCCUCUUUUCCCCCCUUAUUUUGUGUCUUUUUCUGUGAUUUUUUUUAAAAAUAAAGUUGGU